AUCACAAUUUUACAAAGACCUAUUUAAUGACAAAAGGGUAAUUUCGUAAAUUCAAGAGGGGAAGUAAUUCAUAUAUACCCAGAACAUUUUUAGCGAGUCUGGUUCAGAUAGAAAGUAGAGCAAAAAGGAAAGCCAUCUCCUUAUGUGCCUUUCUACUGUAGAAGACUACUGACACAGAGAAAAGGCUAGACGAGCCUAGAGAGAAGAAAGUCUAGAAAGAGAGAGACCACUGUCACUUACUAAAAAGAGUAACCACCGCGGGAACUGCACUCUUCUGCUCACCGACCGCCAUGGAAGAAACCGGCAUCGUCCGCUUAGCAGGGAGUCUAGACCCGACAGCGCAGGAGUUCCGACCCAGAUACCCCAACCACUCGACCCAUGAUAACCAACUAAUUUCACUCUUUCCACCACCGCAACAACCACAACUCUACUUCCCGUACAACGUUUCUCUUCCUCCGCUUUCACUUCCUCCGCUUUCACUUCCUCCGCCACCGUAUCAACAGCAACCGAGUCAUGAUCUCCCGUUCUGCCCCCAGUAUUCUACGCAACCGGGAUACGAUAGCGGGGGCACCUCCUUUCCUAAUAUCCUGCCUCCGUCCACGGCGCCCACGCGGAGUCUCGUGCUAUCUUCGGUCCCGAGUGACGUCAGCGAGUCAACGGUCAGGAGGGAAUUGGAGGUGUUUGGGGAGGUGAGAGGGGUCCAGAUGGAGAGAGCACUUGAUGGAAUCGUGACCGUUCAUUUUUAUGAUCUGAGGCAUGCAAGGAGGGCGUUGAGUGAGUUACAGGAGCAGCACAUGCACCAUCAAACCUGCCUCAGGGCCCACUACGGUAAUUUCUUACCGCCUCCACCACCGUCGCGUCGGUUCUUUUCCGGCCAGCCCGUUUGGGCACAUUUUACCGUCCCGGCGAGCAACGCCGUCCCUGACGGGAGCAAUCAAGGGACAAUUGUGGUCUUCAAUUUGGAUCCUGAAGUCACCGCUACCAGUCUCAAGAUGAUUUUCGGAGUUUUUGGUGAGGUGAAGGAAGUGCGGGAGACUCCAUUGAAGAGGCGUCAAAGGUUCGUUGAGUUCUUUGACACCAGAGACGCUGCGAAGGCUCUUAACGGAAUGAACGGUAACGAAAUUCACGGCAAGCAUGUAGUGAUUGAAUUCAGCCGUCCCGGCGGUUUUAGUAGAAAAUUCUUCAACCCCAGAAAGUGUGUUGGUCCUCAAAAUUCUAUUUACUCAGCCCCACCUCCACCACCUCCUCCUCCUGCGGUACUGUUGCCUCAUGAAUUCUCCGGCCGUUUUCCUCCUCGUGCUUAUCUUUCUCGUCAAAAUCAUCAUUCGUUUCCAAAGAAGUCGUCAGAUCAUAGAAAGGUAAACCCUAGCGUCAUGGAAUCAUCAAUUGAAGGUGCAGUUGGUUCUUUGUCGUUAAGCGGUGCAGUGGAGCGUGUGGAUAAGGUCGUUAGAAAAGGAUCUUCAAAGAAGAGUGAGAAGAAGAGUGUUGAAAAGAGUCGAUCAACAGGAAGGAUGCGGCCAUGGAAAGGAAGACAUGGCAAGAAAUUCGACAUCCAGUUUCUUAUAAACGAAGAGGCUAUUACGGAAUCGAAUUGCAGAGAUUCAAGAACAACUGUUAUGAUCAAGAACAUUCCCAACAAGUACAGUCAGAAGCUGAUUUUGAACAUGUUGGACAACCAUUGCAUUCAUUGCAAUGAACAGAUUGGUGAAGGCGAUGAUCAGCCAUUGUCCUCCUACGAUUUCGUCUACCUCCCUAUUGAUUUCAACAACAAAUGCAGUGUGGGAUAUGGGUUUGUGAACAUGACUUCACCAGAAGCAGCCUGGAGGCUGUACAAGGCAUUUCAUCUUCAACAUUGGGAGGUCUUCAAUUCCAGAAAAAUCUGUCAAGUCACUUACGCAAGGGUCCAGGGAUUGGAAGCGUUGAAGGAGCAUUUCAAGAACUCCAAGUUCCCGUGCGAGAUGGACCACUAUCUGCCAGUGGUAUUUUCGCCGCCUCGAGACGGUAGACAACUGACCGAGCCUCUCCCCGUUGUUGGCCAUCAGAACAGUCAGUCCAUCGCUAUUGGUCUACCAGACGAUGCUCUUGCCCUUGCUCCUGCCUUUGAUGAUGAUGAUGAUGAUGGUGGUUACGUGGUCGGUGAAGAUAUGCUGGAUAACAGCAAUGAUUAUUAUGACGACGACCACACUGACCAAGAACAACAAGACCCGGGUUGCCCGAGCUGUUACUGUAGCUCAAACAGCGGCGUUAUUGUGGAUGACGAAGAUGAUCAUGACAAUAAUAGUAGUAGCUGACUACCUGCUUUGCGUUUCUGAUUGAGUGAUGUCAAUGCGAGUUCAUCGAUGGCCUACCCUUCAUCCAAUAUUACUCGCAACAAUCAGUGUGAUCCUUCACUGCUGGCUAGGUGAUCCAUCCCAAUUCCUCCAUCUCUCUUAAUUUCCUCUUUUAAUUAUUGUAGUUUUAUUUUUUUCCUUCCCCUUCUCUUAUGUUUUAGUUGUCUGUUUAAUCUCUGUAGUGUUGUGGAAUAAUAUAUAGUUUUCCCCUUUUUCUUGUUGGA